GAGAAAGAGGGAUAGACUGCUCCCAAGCACGGUACAGCACACUUCACCGCUACCCUAGAGAGAGAACACCAUGACUGAGUAGCAGCGCGCGAGAGAGAGAGAAAGAGAACGAGGGAGAGAGCACUCUCUUCCUACCUUCAACUGAGGUUCAGCUGAUUCCUACACUAGUAGACCCUCAGAUUCCGACGUGUCCCUGGAGGACGACCCGGAGGCGUCUCGGCUAGAAGCCGAGCGCCAGGCCCAACUGCAGCUGGAGAGAGCCAAGUCAAAACCCGUAGCAUUUGCAGUGAAGACCAACGUGAGCUACUGUGGUGCUCUAGAUGCUGACUGUCCUGUCCAAGGUGCUGCUAUCAACUUUGAAACCAAAGACUUUCUACACAUAAAAGAGAAAUACAGCAAUGACUGGUGGAUUGGUCGGCUGGUGAAGGAAGGGGCAGACAUAACUUUCAUCCCCAGCCCGGUGAAACUGGAGGCCAUGCGGAUCAAACAGGAACAGAAACAGGCCCAGAGGAAAGCGGCGAACUCAUCGUCGGGUUGGAGAUCCACACCACCUAGUGCAGCCAAACAGAAGCAGAAGCAGACAGAGCAUCUCCCACCCUAUGAUGUUGUUCCUUCCAUGAGACCGGUGGUGUUGGUGGGGCCGUCACUGAAAGGCUAUGAGGUAACAGACAUGAUGCAGAAGGCCCUGUUUGACUUCCUGAAACACAGGUUUGAUGGAAGAAUCUCUAUCACGCGGGUGACUGCUGAUCUGUCAUUGGCCAAAAGGUCUGUAUUGAACAAGAAGGCUAUCAUGGAGAGGUCCAACACACGCUCCAGUCUUGCUGAGGUCCAGAGUGAGAUUGAGAGGAUUUUUGAGCUGGCUAAGACUCUACAGCUCGUAGUUCUGGACGCAGACACUAUCAACCACCCAGCACAGCUCCUCAAAACAUCCCUGGCUCCUAUCAUCAUUUACGUUAAGGUGUCCUCUCCAAAGGUUCUUCAGAGGCUCAUUAAAUCUCGGGGGAAAUCUCAAAGUAAACACCUCAAUGUACAGAUGAUGGCAGGGGACAAACUAGCACAGUGUCCACCCGAGAUGUUUGAUGUGAUCCUGGAUGAGAACCAGCUGGAGGAUGCAUGUGAACACCUGGCAGAAUACCUGGACAUCUACUGGCGCGCCACUCACCUGCCCUGCUCCGCCCCCCUCAACCCCCUAUUGGACCAGAGCGAGGUCACCCCGCCCUCCGCUAACUCCAGCCAACAGUUCUCCGAGACUCAAGAGUUAAUAGAAUGAUCACUCCUUAGCUACCACAGGUCUGGAUGUGGUAAAGAGACCAAUCCAACUCCACCGAAAUCCCAUAUCAACGCCAUUCAGGAUCUCCUCAUUGCCCUCCAUAAAAAUUAGCCUACAUUUAGGCUAUUGUUUAUAUGUGUAUUUGACACUAUUUUAGAGUGAAAAUCGGAUUAAAAUGCUUGUAUGGAUGUCAACCCCAAUACAGGUUCAUGUCAUCAUCACUAAUCAACUGAUUUACACUUAAAAACGGCUUCAAGUACCACCACCGAUUUCUAUAUGCUAGCUACGCUACCAGCUUCUACGAACAGAAAUGAGCAUUUAACAGACUUUUUUAUAAUCACGAAAAGGACUAUUUCUAAAUAUUAUGCAGCGAAAACAGUAGCAACCACAUUGUGGGCCUGUUAGAACACAAAUAUCUUGACAGAUUUGAAGAAUAUCCACUUUGUAUAAUCAGAUUUUUAGAAUGUGUUUUUAGAUGGUUUCCUUGCUGUUUCCCCGCGGUCUGCGUUCCAUUGAUCUCUUAACGGCAUAUAUUGCUCGCUUUCGCUUGCUUGAUAACUUGUUUUUUUCCCUGGUCUGUUUUGUAUUGUGUUUCCGUAGCUAACUGUUUUUUGUAGGUGUUAUAUAGUGACACAGAGGAAUCAAACAUAUAUGAAUCAGAGCACAUCAAAGCACAUUAUCAAAGCACAAACUUGCACACUGUCAUCUACAACUCUUAUGUAUAUUUAUCAUGUAUCAACAUUAUGGAUCUACAGAAGAUCAGAGUAGUUUUGCCAUUGAAUCCACCAAUCAGAUCGCAGAUAGGGACCGAGAUAGGAGGAGUCAGACCAGACACUUUUGCAUGUCUACCUGAAAUGUAUAUAUACAUUUUUUUAAUGACCAAAAAGAUAAUAAGUACUUGAGGAGAUACGUUAACCAUUUGUAGGGAAGUUGUAAACUUAUAGGCAACACACGAACACUCUCCCUAAAACCAAUUCCAGACUGUCCAGAAUGUAUCACUGUGCAGCCUACAGUACAGGACUUUACUGUAGCUCUCCUCCUACUGGCAGGAUUCAGUCUGAUCUGUUUCCUCAGACACUACAUCACACUCAAUGUAGGCUAUUUGAGCAGUUGAUUAGCACUUCUUAUAACAAGAUCAGUUAAAGUUCUGAUAAUUAAUUAAGUUAAAGUCCCAGUGCUCCAGUGGUGAGUAGCCUAUAACUGAUGCUUCCACUAUAAUUCAGUUCUUACGAAUUAUGAUGUAAAUCUAGCCAUUCCACUGUAAUCACAAGGACUGUGACAAAGCAGAGAGGAAGAGGAAGAGAGAGGCCCAACUCGGCAGCAAAUCGGUCUCCCUCCAGCAGGUGGCGUUUUUAUGUUGUUUCACCCAUCAAGCAAUGCGUUUUUGGAGGUCAAUGAGAGAGUGUUGAAUUUGGUCAACAAAAUAAUUUAUGGGUUAUUUGCUACGUGAGGUUUAUUUGAUCAAAUAGAAGUUUUGUAAUGCUUAAAUUGUUACUAGUGUACUGAUAUAAGUUGGAAAAAACACUUUAUAUCGAAGUUGUCUCGAAAUGGCUAUGCAUAUUCAUGGCAUGAGGCUAGUAGCAUAGCGUCUCUCUCCAUUGAAUACAGGAGGUUGAUGUCAACAACCCUCAUUGAAUAUUCAAAAAAUGAUUAUAAUAAUGAGAUGUAAUCAACCAAUCCAAACAAAGGAUAGGCGGGAGCUAGACAGCCCGCUGUGCCGCUUUGUGGACAACGACUCCCAUUGUUAGGGAGGAGAGACGUAUAUCUUGUCAGUAUAUCCAUAAUCCUUGGCCAAAGGGUGUCCAUAGCACUUCCUGUCAUUCAUGUGUGUGGAGCGAGGGACCUCUAGUGGUGGGCUUGUGUCACGACACCUGAAGUGACAUAGUAUUCAAUGUUACCCAAUUGUAAUACCAUAAUAGAAUGUCAACUCAUAAUGAAUCUGAAUAUAAUAGGUAAUCUAUUCACUAUGGAUAGCUCUCUGCUUGAGGAGAAAAGAGAAUGAUGAUGUGUUGACCAUAUGUAGAUCAAACACCAUUUGUAUGAGCUUCCAAUCUUUACCAAUUCGUAACAUAUUGUAACAUAUUCGUAACAUAUUGUUACGAAUUGGAAUUAGCAACAUAUCAUACGAAUUUCAGGAUUAUAAUUUCAAUUAAUCAAGCAAAUGUAUUUAUAAAGCCCUUCUUACAUCAGCUGAUGUCACAAAGUGCUGUACAGAAACCCAGCCUAAAACCCUAAACAGCAAGAAAUGCAGGUGUAGAAGCACGGUGGCUAGGAAAAACUCCCUAGAAAGGCCAAAACCUAGGAAGAAACCUAGAGAGGAACCAGGCUAUGGGGGGUGGCCAGUCCUCUUCUGGCUGUGCCGGGUGGAGAUUAUAACAGAACUUGGCCAAGAUGUUCAAAUGUUCAUAGAAGACCAGCAGGGUCAAAUAAUAAUAAUCACAGUGGUUGUAGAGGGUGCAACAUUUCAGCACCUCAGUAGUAAAUGUCAGUUGGCUUUUCAUAGCCGAUCAUUCAGUGUAUCUCUACCGCACCUGCUGUCUCUAGAGAGUUGAAAACAGCAGGUCUGGGACAAGGUAGCACAUCUGGUGAACAGGUCAGGGUUCCAUAGCCGCAGGCAGAACAGUUGAAACUGGUGCAGCAGCACAGCCAGGUGGACUGGGGACAGCAAGGAGUCAUUAGGCCAGGUAGUCCUGAUUCAUGGUCCUACAGCUCAGGUCCUCCGAGAGAAAGAAAGAGAAAGGGAUAGUAAAAGAGAGAGAGAAAAUUAGAGAGAGCAUACUUAAAUUCACACAGGAAACCGGAUAAUAACAGGAGAAAUACUCCAGAUAUAACAGACUGACCCAAGCCCCCCGACAUAUAAUCUACUGCAGCAUCAAUACUGGAGGCUGAGACAGGAGGGGUCAGGAGACACUGCGGCCCUGUUCGACGAUGCCCCCGGACAGGGCCAAACAGGCAAGAUAUCACCCCAUCCACUUUGCCAAAGCACAGCCCCCAAACCACUAGAGGGAAAUCUUCAACCACCAACCUACUAUCUUGAGACAAGGCUUAGUAUUGCGUAUUGUGCACAGCAUCAUACAAAAGGGAUGACGUUGUGCACAGCAUCAUACGAAAGGGAGGACGUUGUGCACAGCAUCAUACGAAAGGGAUGACGUUGUGCACAGCAUCAUACGAAAGGGAGGACGUUGUGCACAGCAUCAUACGAAAGGGAGGACGUUGUGCACAGCAUCAUACGAAAGGGAGGACGUUGUGCACAGCAUCAUACGAAAGGGAGGACGUUGUGCACAGCAUCAUACGAAAGGGAGGACGUUGUGCACAGCAUCAUACGAAAGGGAGGACGUUGUGCACAGCUUCAUACGAAAGGGAGGACGUUGUGCACAGCAUCAUACGAAAGGGAUGACGUUGUGCACCAUUUUCACCAACCCGUUUUGGCUCAUGAGCGCUACUUUCAAAACUACUAGUUAAAUUAUAAAACACCUUUAUAAGGUUUCUUUAAAGGAGCUACAUGUAUGUUUCUUUGCAUAGUAGUACAGACCUGAAGCUUUCCCAAGAAAACACGAGCUUUAAGCACAGAGCAGCACGCAUCUCAGUACAGAAAAACACUCACAUAAGUAUUGCUUUGUCAUUACAUAAAACUAUACAUUAAUGAAAUGAAUUACUACCACCGUUAAUUAAAUGUAUGUGCAUGACAACAUAUUUAUUUUUUACAAGUAGAAGGACAUCUCAUAUUUAUUUUACAAGUAAAAGGAACGUCAUAUUUAUUUUACAAGUAAAAGGAACAUCAUAUUUAUUUUACAAGUAGAAGGACAUCUCAUAUUUAUUUUACAAGUAGAAGGACAUCUCAUAUUUAUUUUACAAGUAGAAGGACAUCUCAUAUUUAAUUUACAAGUAAAAGGAACGUCAUAUUUAUUUUACAAGUAGAAGGACAUCUCAUAUUUAUUUUACAAGUAGAAGGACAUCUCAUAUUUAUUUUACAAGUAGAAGGACAUCUCAUAUUUACUUUACAAGUAGAAGGACAUCUCAUAUUUAUUUUACAAGUAAAAGGACAUCUCAUAUUUAUUUUACAAGUAAAAGGACAUCUCAUAUUUAUUUUACAAGUAAAAGGACAUCUCAUAUUUAUUUUACAAGAACAUGUCAUGUUUCUUUCUAAGUAGAAGGGCUUUCCAGGACCAUAAUAAGUCACUAUAGCUUUUCACUUGUCAUUCUGAAGAGAAAAUGAAUGGAUGACAAUCACAUUAUGUAUUCAGUAUUUAUGUAUCAUUACAUAUUUGUAUAUAUUGUAUAUUUAAGCAAUAAGGCCUGAGGGGGUAUGCUAUAUGGCCAAUAUACCAUGGCUAACGGCUGUUCUUAUACACAACGCAACGCGGAGUGCCUGGAUACAGCCCUUAGCUGUGGUAUAUUGUACCAUGUACCACAAACCCAAGGUGCCUUAUUGCUAUUAUAAACUGGUUACCAACUUUAAAAAUAUAUAUGUUUUGUCAUACCCGUGGUAUAUGGUCUGAUAUACCACGGCUGUCAGACAAUCAGCAUUCAGGGCUCGAACCACACAGUUUAUAAUUAAUUCUCAGUUCUUCCUCAGUAAUAUUAAGGUGCACAAAAUCUACAAAUGUUGUCAGACAACAUCUAGGAAAUGUACUGUAGACCUACUUAUAUGCUCAUGUCUUCAAAGCCUCAUAAGCAUGUAUUUAUAUAUAAAUAGUGUGUUUUCUUUCUUUUUAGUAUGAAACACUGAACGUGUCCACUACUUUUGAGCAGAGCCAUGUGCCCUGGUCAAACGAUGUGCACUACAGGGGACAGGAGGCCGUUCAGAUGCAACCACUGUAAUUAUUUCCAUUGACUGACCUCUAACCUAACAUUUUUGCAGUUUUGAGAGACAUUAUAAGGCUUGAGAACUACACAACACACACACAUACACCAACCAAGCACAGUUUCACUGCUGAAACACAACAAUCUGAAUCAAUCUCACUUGCAUUCCAUUUUUAUUGCAGGUAAUUUAUAUAUAUUUUUUAAACAAGUCAAAUCUUUGGAUAUCCGAAGCACAAUUUUUUACUAUUAUAAUUUUCAAUCGUUUUUCUCCCCGACAUACCUAAAUUCUGUAUGCAAUACAAAGUCUUCUAGCUUCGACAAAACAGUAGCUGAACCUAUCAAGACUCCUCUUCUGUUUAAGACGGGGUAAAAACUGCACUAUUUUUAUUUUUAUGUCUGAUUUAUAUUUAUACUGCAAUACAUGCACUAAAUGUAACUCUGCUGUACCCACCAACACCUCCAAUACUGAAUAUGAUGUCUGGUGUAAUAACAACAAUGUUCAGAAAAGUCAACAUAUGAAAUGUCCUACUAACCUGCUGUACCCGAUAAUGUAGAGAAUGCAUCUGUUUUCAAUAGCACAUUAUGAAAAAUAAGAACAUAAAUGAA